AUGGUGCACACACUUCUGCUGCCCAUCGUGAAGAACAACUCUGGUGUGACACCAGCUGGACAGUGUGGGACCUGGGUAAAGGAGCCUGAGGGAGGGUAUUUCACCUCACCCAACUACCCUGAGAAAUACCCGCCCGAGAGGGAAUGUGUCUAUAUUAUAGAAGCCUCUCCCAGACAAUGCAUCGAGUUGUUCUUCGACGAUGACAAAUAUUCCAUAGAGCCAUCCUGGGAGUGUAAGUUCGACCACAUCGAGGUCCGCGAUGGGCCCUUUGUUUUUUCUCCCAUCCUUGGUCGCUACUGUGGGCAGGAAAGCCCAACAUAUGUCCGCUCCAGUGGGAGGUACCUGUACAUCAAGUUUGUGGCUGAUGGUGAACUGGAGUCCACCGGUUUCUCUGCCCGGUAUAACUUCACACAAGAUCCAGAGUUCACAGGGCUUGGGGAACUGCCAGCUCUGCCAUUUUGUGAGUUUGAGAUGGUAGGUCCGGAGGGCUUUGUAGAAUCCACCCAGAUCACCGUGGAGGGCCGGGCGCUGCAAACUGAGGCUGUAGACUGCAGGUGGUACAUCAAGGCUCCACCAAAAGCCAGGAUCUAUAUGCGUUUCCUGGAGUAUGAGAUGCACAACUCGAACGAGUGCAAACGUAACUUUGUUGCCAUCUACGACGGCAGCAGUUCGGUUGAGCACCUGAAGAAUAAGUUCUGCUCCACGGUGGCCAACGAUGUCAUGCUGGUGUCCUCUUUGGGCGUGGUCAGACUGUGGGCAGAUGAGGGAAGCAGGAAGAGCAAAUUCAGGAUCCUCUUUACAACUUUCCAUGAGCCUCCAUGUGAAGGAGAAACUUUCUUUUGCCAUAGCAACAUGUGCAUCAACCAGACUCUGGUCUGCAACGGGAUCCAGAACUGUGUUUACCCAUGGGACGAGAAUCAUUGCAAAGAAAAGAGGAAAGCCAGUAUCCUGGACACACUGGACAGCACUAACCUCGCUAUCAUCGGAGUUACCUGUGGCCUGGUACUCAUCCUGCUCAUCAUAUCUGUCAUCAUCCAGGUCAAACAGCCUCGCAAGAAAUACAUCAUCCGCAGAGAUGACUUUGACCCUGCCUUCCUCCAUCCUGGUUUUGAUCCUCCUCACUAUGAGCUCUGCACUCUGCGCCGUUCCCCAUCCAGCGACCUGAACGAUGCAGCCAUGGCCGAGGACUAUGAGAAAUUCCACAAGCUCCGCCGCUCCUCCUCCAAAUGCAUCCGCGACCACCAUUGUGGCUCUUUCCCAGGGAGCAUGCACGGCAGUGUCCGCGGUAGCCGCAGCAACCUGAGCAUGAGAGACGCCACCAUCGCUGCCGACGGGGGUGGUUUCGGGCUGCCUCCGGUGAUGGUGAGCCAACAGUCACCGCGUCUCUCCCACCACACCACACCAGCAGGUCGAAGGAGCAUCCUGGUGAUGAAGCAUAGCUAUUCUCAGGAUGGGGCAGAGGGGUACAGGGCGGAGGAGGAGGAGGAUUUGAUGAUGGAUGAUGGUCCCAACACCAGCCAGCACCGCAUGCACCACCAUCAGAUCCACCAUGGCACGUCAGGGCUGGACCACACUGUCCACCGUACACUGUCUAAUGACUUCUAA